CGGGGGAAGUUUUUACGUCGUCGUUGGACAUUUGUAAACAUAGACCUAUAAACUAGUUGAUAGGUCUAUGUUCGUAAACGUAAUUUGUAAUGAAGUCAUCAUGGUAAAGUCAUGCUAGUCAGGGUAAUUGGCGAAUGACACGCCGGUCACACCAUAGGUACAGUGUGAACGGCAUUUUCGUUAAAUCCUAACCUCAAUAUUGAAUAUAAUAUAUUGUGCAUGGUUAAAAAUAUAGCCAUGAUAUUGUGAUUCUCGACUUUUUAUCUUAUCUCGUGCAUCUAUUUAGUUGCUUUAUCAAAGACGAAAUACACUACACACACAUUUUAUCUGCAAUCAAAUUACCGAAUAUGUACUUAUAGUGGAAAAAAUCGAUUUUAUGAUAGUAUUGCGCACUGCAAUAAUGUGUUCUAACCUUUUCAAUUUUUAAUACGUUCAAUUAGCGUUUAAAUAUUGUGGACAGUUCAAUAAAAAUAGCGCACGCUCAGUGUCCAAAAUGAAUCCCAAUGAAAAUGAUGAAGACCUCAAAUACUGUUUUAACUGGUGAGUUCGGUAACGAUAAUGUUUUUUAAUUAUUGACUAUUGUGCGUAUAAGUCAAAGUCGAGUAGAAAAAAAGAUUGACAAAUUAGUAAAUACUCGACGAGUUUACUGAUAAACUUAUUGUUCUGUAAACUCUGGUACACAAACAUGUUUCAUUUUAAUAUUAUAACCUUAGACUACCUACCUAGUAAAAUAUUGUUUUUGUUCUCUAUUUAUGUUUAUUUUAUACUUAAUUUCUGUUAUUUUACUCUAAUUUAUUUUACAAUAUUAAUAAUCAAUAUUUAUUAUAGCCAUCAUAUAUUAUGUAAUAGGCAAACAAUUUUUUUGUAACGGGUAUGCGCUAAGUAUAGGGUUGCCAUAAUUUUAUAAAGCAAAUCCAAGACGAAUAAAAAAAUAACAUAAAAUUAGACUAAAAAUAUGAUUGAAUCAUAUUGGAUACCUUGGUAUAUUUAUAUACCUAUUAAAAAAGACUUAUUUUUUUGUAAACUAAAACAACAAAAAAAAAAUUGUGUACAAUUUUAUAGGUUAGAAAUUUAUUGUAAAAAGAACAUUUUAUACAUUUUUUUUUUAAUCAUCAAAAUGAUUGUUAUAAAACAUACAAGUAAUAACUAAUAGGUAAGUAUUUGAAUACUAUAUAAGAUUUUCUCAUUGUUGUUUUAUCCCGCAUUCGUUAAAAAUUGUAUUGUUAUCUUUCAGGAACAAUUACCUACCUAUUAUUAAAAAAAAUUUUGAAAUUAAAUAAUAUAAAUUUGUCUCCAAACCGGGACAUAUUAGUGUAUUGAAAUUUAUUUUUGGGACACCGGUACACCAAGUCAAAAACUGGUGACAGUCCUGUUUUUCUGGGACAUAUGUGACCCCUAGCCAAGUAUAAUAAAUUUUAAUUCAAAAUAUUAAGUAUAAUAAUUAGAAAUUACUGUAUAGUACGAUUACUAUGCAAAUUCCCUUUAAUCCAAAUUUUAAAUACUUAAAAUAAAUAUAAAAGUACAGAGCUGUAGAAAUAAUCAUAAGUGAAAUUAAAGAUAUAGAUUUUGAAGUGUAUCGGGUAGAGCUCUCAAUUAUUCCAACAAUUAACCUAUUGAAUAUUAAGAAUUAUAAUUAAAAAAUGUUAACUCUAUAAUUGAGUUUUUAAUUAUUCAUCUGAUAUGGCCUUGGUUUUUUUUUCUACACAGCACUUAUCAAAUAUUAAAACACAUGCUUAUAAAAUAUAUAUUAUAUUAUGUAGAACAUACAUAUCGCAGGAUUUUCUGUCAUUAGGUACCUAAUGUACCUACUAGUACUGUGAAUAUUUUUUCAGUUUCAAUGACAUUCCCCGUAUUAUUAAAAUUAAUAAUCUGUCAAUCUUUAAUGAGGUGCUCUGCCACUUGUUAUUACUGUAAAGGAUAUUUCCAUAGUAAAUAGCUGAAUGAGGUUUAGUUACUUUUCAGAUUAUAAGUACUAACUGUCAUGAUUUUCACUAAAAUAUAUUAAAGAGAUAAAGUAAUAAUUUAUUGGCAUGCCAAAAUAUAGAACUGGUAGAUGACUUCAGUUUUAAAAAUAUAAAAUGACAUGUAAAAUAUUAUUGGUGAAAUAAAUAUACCUGGUAUUUAGUUUAUAAAUUAAAUUUUUAUUUUAAUGUUUUUAUUGAUGUCAUCAAAAAAAUUUAAAAAAAUGUUAUUUGUAUUUAAGUAUUUAUGUCAAGUAAAAUUAUUAUGCAUUUAUAAAAUGUAAAUGUUGUAUGUAGUCUAUCUAGUUCAUUAUUUUUAAUUUAUCUUUAGGUGAAUAUUGUUAAGUUUUUUUUUAAUGUACACUAUUGAUUCUGAUCAAUAUUAUUGGUAUUUCAAAAGAUCACAAACUCUUGACAUUUAGUUUCUCCUUGGUAAUGGUAUCAGCCAUUGGUUAUGUUUCUGUGAUUUUGUAAAGUAGAAUUUAACACAAUUUUCUUGUAAAUUUAACUAUGUUUUGUCAAUCAUAUAAUAGUGAUAGAAAUAAUAGAAAUAAGAAAAUUAUCAUUUUUUUUAAUAAUUGUAUUAUAUUAGCGUAAUUACUACCUACAUUGUUACUAUCACUGUAUUGCAUGAAAGUAUUCCUUAAUUGUUUCUGUCAAAAUUAUAUCACUGUAUAUUAAUGAAAAUCGUGUUGUAGUAACGUAUUGUUAGGGAAAUAAAAAUCAUAAAACAUUCUGACAGGUUGGUAAUGUAAAAAAAAAGUAUUUUUUGUAAGUAGAUACAUCUAUAUACAAUUUACAUACUUUCAAUUAUUUUGUUACUUUACCAUGUUUGGAAUUGAUACAAAACAAUAUUAUAUGAUACUCACUAAUAUGUCAUUAAAAUAUGAAAUUUUAAUCCAAUAUUUAACUAUUACAUAUUAUUACUUUAGUCGAAGAAAUAUUCCACUACACAAUUAUGAAAUGCACACCGCAUAUUGUCAUCGUAACUUGAAACUUUGCAUGAAAUGUGAUGUACCGUUCACAAACCCCGAAUUUGAAGAACACCAGAAAACCAUGCAUGCGAAAAUUUCAUGUGAUGAUUGUUCUACAAUACUUGAAGCAAUGAAUUUAGAAUCACACAAAGUAUAUACCUAAAAUGUAUUUAUUUUCUUUCGGUUUUAUAUUAAUUUUUGUUAAUUUAUUCCUUAGCUUAACAAUUGUCCACAUCGCAUGAAAAUAUGCAAUUAUUGUGAUAUUGAUGUUGUAGCAUCUUCAUUGAUGGCUCAUGUAGACGUGUGCAGUAGUCGUACAGAACGUUGUCAUGAUUGUGGACAAUUUAUCAUGCUCAAAUACUUUGCUGUUCAUAGGGAAAGCCAUGCUCUCAAAAGAAUUCCUAAUGGUAAGAAUACGGUAAACAUUAUAUGUCUGUUUUUGACAUUUUAAUUUGAUUAAAUUAUGUUUUAAAUUGUAGUUGCACAAUCAUUAUUGGAUGAUAGUCCAGAAAGUUUGGCUGCAUAUCCAUUGUUAACGAAAAAAGUGCCAAAUGUUGCAGUAGGAGGAACUGUGAGAGGUGCUGUAAGAACUACUAGUAUGCCUACUUUGAGAAUACAUGAUCCAGUUAUUACUAACCACAGAGUAUCACCGCCAGUAAAACGUAACAAUGAUCAACCACAAAUUAACAAACUCAACAACAAUGAUAACACCAAUAAAGAUCCAAAAAAGAACAUGCCAAUAGUAGACACACCGAGUGGUAAUAAAUAAAAAUACAUUUUUUUUUAUAAGAAUUUCAAUAUGCACAUUUCUUAAACAUAUUUUUUCUUUUGUAAAUCAGUUUCUUUUAUUUGUUGAUGCAUAUUAUUGAUUUUUAAAUUCGGAGUAUACUGGUUUUGAUGACAAUGAUGUUUAUUUUUUUUAUUAUUAUUAUUCUGUGAGCAACUUUUCUACCAGAAAUCUUGCCCCGAUGUAUCAAGUGUAGCACCUUUCCAGAAAGGAAAUUUAAUUUAGUUUAAUCAAACUAGUCAUUUUUUUGAUUUUCCAAGAGGUUUUCAUAAUAAUUGGGGAAAAACAUUGGAAUAUUUAUGUACGUGUAUAAAAGAAACUUCACUAUGAAUUAUUUUUUUUUAACAAUGGUUAAUCAUUAUGUACAGAUAUAAAUUAAAUUCCACCCAUUGUUUGAAGUAUGUCUUUUUUUUAUUCAUUGAUUAAUUUAAUAUUCUUGAUUUUAAGAUUUGAUUUUUUUUUUUUUAUAUAUAUAAGUUUACUAUUACUAUAGAUUGUUUUUAUUUUGAUUUUAUUGCUGUUUGAUAUGAAUUUAAAAUAAGAGAAACAAUUUACUAUGUACACUUUGGACCGGUCACCUUAAUUAUAUGCAUUUGAAGUAUUUUACUAUUUUAUUCCACUAGAUGAUGAUGAAUUAUCUACACAAGGAGCUCAUUCAACAAAUAGCAAUGAUCAUUUAAACAAUUAUUCUGACAUAUUGCAAGGAGUUCAACUACCAUGUGAAUUCUGUCAAAAAAUGAUUGAUUCUGAAAAUCUUAUUUUGCAUGAAGUAUUAAUAUAAUAUCAAUUACUAACAUAUUCAUUGUAAAUUAUAUUUUAACUUAUUUAUUUUAUAGACUGGAUGCCGUCCUGAGUUUACUACAUUUCAAAAUAUUUUUCGUACAACACGCAGAUAUCACAACAAACAGAAUAAUAGGUUUCCUGUACCUCCUCUGGACUUGGAUGCCAGCAGUAGUGAUAGUGAAUUAAACUUGAAUACGUUAAGUUUAAGUUCAGAUGAUGAUGAUGAUGAUGACGAUGAUGAUGAUGAUGAUGAUGAUGAUGAUAAUAAAAAAAUCAAUGUUGAAAAAUUGCCAUGUGAAUUCUGCGAAAAAUUAAUAUCUUUUAAGAAAUUAAUGAGUCAUCAAGUAAUUAAAUCGUAUAGUGAUUACAUAUACAUAUUUUAGUAUAUCUUUAUAAUAAAUAUAGUUGUUAACGGUUUGAUAUACAUUAUUUACACCAAUAUAUUGCUUUAUUUUUUUUUUACCAAAUUAUAAUAAUUUGUAGUUUAUAUUGUUUCAUUGAUUUUUCUAGAUUAAAUGUGAAAAAAAAUUGAUUUCGAAUGAUGUACCAAUACAAAAUAAUUUAGAUAAAGCCGAUUGUGCAGACGACGAGCACACCAUGCAUAAUGUUCCUUCUUCAAACAUCAUUCAUGAAACUAAACGCAAUUUAUUUAAACCACCAAGAUUUGGUAAUAUUUUAUGUUCAUAAAAGUUUAAUUUUACAUGUUUAAUUAAACGUACAAUGUACAUAUAUUUUGCUUGGCUUAUUAUUAAUUUUGAUUUUAAAUUUAAUAUAAUAAUAUUGUAGUUCUACUAACCAAAAAUUGCCCUGUAAUUCGUUCACAUUAAAUAAUUUUGAUCAUUGUUUACCAACAUUCACAGUCAAUGAACCACAACCACAAACAAUACAAAAGCUGCCGAGAGUAAAAUUGUAUAAUAAGAAUAGAGUAAACAUGAAUGCUGUGAAUAAUCCUGCCAGGAACAACUAUGAACAAUUUUUAUCAAAGUAAGUUCUUAAUAUUAAACAUUAAACAUAAAAACUAUUUUUAAAUAUUUUAAAUUAAAUUAAAACACAAAUGUUUAAUCAAUUAUAUCUGAUAAAUGAAAAUAGACACAAUUUACACUAAGUUUUUUUUUUUUUUAUUAUAUAUUUAUUUAAUUUGAUUAUUAAUAACCAUCUACCUAGUUUAUUAUAUUUCCAUAAUAAAGUUAAAGUUGAAAUAUUUAAGUAUAAAUUAUAAAUGUCUAACUAUCUAAUUAAAAGUUGUCAUUCAAACUUAUACAUUUUCUUUAAAAGUCUCUAACCAAUAAAUGCAUUUAAAUUUAAAAACUUACAUAAAACAAUUAAAAAACUAUCAACAACACAAUUAUUUGUUGAUAAUUGAUGGUUAAUAAAUUAAUAAUCAUAUGUUUAUUAAUAGUAAAAUAAAUAUUAGGUGUUGAAUGUUUGUAUUUUCAUUAAUAUUUUAUAUUAUUUAUUAUUAUUUUAUAAAUUACAUUUUAAAAAUAAUAAAUGAAAAUUAUGUACAGAUAACCUAUAAUAUAUCAAUAAGAAAUGACCUAGUAAAGUGUAACUUUAAAAACAUUAAUAGUUACUUUUUUUUUCAUCUGAUUUAUUUUUAGUGUUGAACCAUUUUUACUUUUCUGUUUUUUUUUUUUUUUUUUUUUUUUUUGCGAUAAGGUUAUAGAAUAUUUUCUAUUGUUACCAAACAAGUUAACUGCCUUUAAAGAUGUAGUUGUAUGGCUUUUCCUUCUUAUGGUAGUCAUACAGGUAUUCAUAAAAUAUAAUUAAUACAGUACAUUGUUACACAGUAACAUUUGCUGUCUCUGUGUUUAAAUGAUAAUAUAGCAAGGAUAUAUUUUCAUACUUUCAAUAGUACUCUGGAUCUAAUAGAACUCAAAAGAAAAACUAAACCAAAUUCAAGAUAAAAACAUUUAUUGUGUUUUCCAGUGUAUUUUAUUUGAUAUAUAUUCUUAAUUCAAUAUUAAGAAGAAUUUUCUGUUCUUAAAAUUUGAAGACUUAUCUGAGAAAUCAUAAAAUGUUUAAAACAUAGUAUAUUUUGUUGUCUUUAAUUUGGUCAAAUAAUUUUUGUUUUAGGUCUAUUAUAUCCUGAGUACUAUUGUAAGAAUGAAAACACAUGUUUUAUUGUCCUUUUGAUAGACAGAGGCUUUCUUAAUUUCUCCUUUUAGGAUAAAUUAAGAGGUGAUCGUCAUUGACGUCAAUGACUGUCCCUGUUAGGUUAUAAGUUAAUAUAUUGUUGAUUUUUAUUAAAUAUUAAUUUUGAAUUAUUUACUAAAACUGUUAACAUUAGUUCAAGAUUAAAUCAUUCAGAGCUGCCAAUUGAUAAUUCAAAUGUAUAUUUAAAUCCAUCUGGUGGUGCUAUACCUAAGCAAAGAAACACAAAAUCAAACAACACCCGACGAGUUAUAAAUGACUGUGAGUAAAUCAUUGUUAUUAUUUUUAACAAAAACUACAUAUUAAUUAUUGUCUUUUUUUUCAUUUUAGUAUCAGAACAGAGAAAUUCUGAUUCAUCAGAGGAUUGAAUAGCAUUUCAUGUUUUUUAAAAAUUUGUACUAUUACUAUUAUUAUAACUGUUUAUAUAUUUCUAUUAGACUAUCAUUAGUAUGAAUUUUGCAUAAUCUAAAGAAGUAUUUAUUAAAAUUUAAGUCGUUCAUUUUGUAUCUUUACUUUUUUUUAUAUUUAAGUUUCAAUAGUAUAUGCUUUAUACGUAAAUAAAAGAGUUCAUGAAAAUAGUUGUGUUUAUUAAUUUUUCGAAUAGCUUGUAAUACCAAACCUUGAUUUGAAUUUGAAUUUGAAUAAUUAAACAAAAAAAAAUAAUAACAGAAAUCUUUACAUAGAAUGUGUGAUUUUUCUAAAGUUUUUCCAGGUUUUUCUUAAUUACUAAGAAAAUCACAAUGAAAAUAAAAAAAAAUGACCUGCUCAGCAUAUCAACUAGACAAAAACAGUAUUAACAAUAACCACCUUUGAAGUUGAUGAUCAAAACAAGAUUAAUGGUAAAAAAGUUGUUUACUGACUGAAAAAUCAAAUUCACUCUUAGUAAAAUUAAUACAUUCUAUGCUACAUUCAAAAUCUAAAAUGCCCAAAUUAAUUAUGAUAUACAUUACCGUCUACUACAUGAUUUUCAUAUUUAGCAAAGCACUUAUAUUAAGAGUUUAUGACAUAACAAAUAAAUAUUUUGUUACAAAUUAAAAUAUUACGUCAUCUAAAUUAGUAAGUAAAUAUACGAUUUGUAAUAUAUUUAAUUUAAAAAAAUAUGAUAAUAUUGAAAUAAUGCAACCAAUAAUAAAAUUAUUAUACAAUCAUUAGUCAUUGAUACAAUUAAAGGUAGUAUCAUUUGUUUUAUAAUAGUUUAUAUUUGUAGUUAAUAUUUGUAUUUUAUUAUCUAAAAAUUAAAAUUAGGAUUUUAACUUAUAAUAAAUUGUAUGUUGUACCUUUGGUACCAUGGGAAAAGAGCUUUUAUCGAUUUUCGGUACUUUGUGUUUAUAAUAUUGUCGAAUUAAAUUUUUUUUCCCCUUUAUUUUUGGUCUAAAUUGUAUAGGUGUAUAUAUUUUCAAAAUUAAAUUUAGUGCCAUAGAUUUUAUAAUAUUAUAAAUUCAAUGGUAAUGUAUUAGUUUGUAUACAAGAAUAUUAUGUAUAAAAUUUGUAUUUUCUUAUAUUAAAAACUAUACAUAAUUGGUUAUUAUUGCAGGUCUAAUGAUUAUAAACAUUUCAAUAUUGUUUCUAUCCACCUAUUAAUUUUGUAACAUCUCAGGAAUAUUCAUCAAUAAAUACAUACAAACAAAAAUUGCAAUUAUUUAAUUUAUAUAACAUGUCACUAGAAGAUAAUAUGAUCGUUAAAAUAUCUUGAAAAGUACCAACUUCUUUCAUAAUUUUUUUUUAUUAGUGUAUUCCUUUUUUAUUACACUUCAUAUAUAGAUUUUUUUUGAAAAAUGAAUUACACAUUUUUUAACCAAAAAAAAAAUUUAUUAAUUUUAUUAAAAAAACAAUGUAUUUUAAAAUGUUAAUUGCUCUUUCUAUUGAAUUAAAUACCUAAUCAAAUAUUUUCUUAAACUUUGUAUUUCAAAUAAUUUUUAAAUAAUUUUUAGUUCGGCUGUAGUACACGUGUCAUAAUUAAGCAGAGAUAUGCAAAAUACCAAAAAUAGUCAGAAAAACCAGAAAAAAGCAAUUUGUUCAAAAACAAUCAAAGUAAGCUAUAAAAAAAAGCACUUUCAAAUUUCAUUUUUGAAAUUAUUGUAAUAACAUGGUACGAGUUUCUAUAGCAUUAUGCUAGAUUUUAUGUUGAAGCGUUGAUGGACACUACAAAAACUAAUAUUUCACCAAAACCCGACCUUAAUUUGUCAUUAAUUUUCGUCAAACCAUGAACUAUAGAUAUGUGCGAACUAUAAAUAGAAAAAAGGUAUUAUAUUUAUCAAUAUUUUCUAGUGCUCACGGGUCUUUUGGAAUCUAUAGGUCAGUAGAACUUCCUCUUUCAUAUGAUUGCGUUUAAAAUAUCACUGCUAUAGCAGUAAUGGCAUUUUGAGGACGAUUUUCAUAAUAUUGCUAUAGUAGUGAUAUUUAAAAAUGAUCCCCAACAUUAAUUUGUAUUAUUACUGCUAUAGUAGUAAUGUUGGCCUACUGUCUAUCAACGUGUUUAGUCAAAAAGUAAGUAAAUGCUUGAAGUAUAGAACAUUGGUUAUUAUUGUGUUCAUGGAUUAAACAUAAUAUAUAUUGUUAGUUGAAGGUACCUAUCUGCUAAAGUGCUUCGUUUUAUAUACCUAUUUAUACUUUGUAUUUAUUUUGAUUCCUAUUAUUAAUUUUUACCUAUUUAUUUGUUUUUAACAUAUUUAAAUUUAACUAUUUGACCAAUAACGAUUUAUUGAAAACUAUAUGAAUAUUAAAAUAUUUUAGCCCUCCGAAAAUUAAAUUUUGAAAAGUACCAGUAUUCCGUGUUUUUAAUUUCUCUUGUGAUACAUUUUAUGGACGACUGCGACCGUACCAAUAUCCGACAAUCAGUCGGUUCAACACCAAAAAUAAGGCUGACAAAAAAUAAUGGUAGGUAAUGCAAUAUUUUAGAGAUCCUUGUUUCUUAAUUUAUCAAAAAAAUAAAAAACUAAUACUUUUCAAAAUAUCGCAAUGAUCAUAUUUUUUCGUGUGACACCUAUUUAAAUUUUAAAAAAAACAAAUUAUAAUUAUUAUUGUAUUUAUAUGCCUAAUUUUCAAUAUUCUGAAAUAUUAUUACACGGCCGCCGUUUGUUCGUAUUUAAUAAAUUUAUUUAGCAAUUUUAUUUGGAUAUUUUCGUUGUUUAAUUCUUCGGCGGCGGUUUUCAUACUUUUAAAAAUAUAUCUAUUCAACCUUUUUCUUAAGUUAAACAAAUUCCACUUUAAUAAAUAUUUCAUGAAAAACCGUAACCACCAUAAGUAAAUGUAUUUACGAAAACCGAUGGUUUUCUUAACAUUAGUCGAUUUCAAACCGAGUAUGUCACAUAAAUAACAAAAUGACGAUUCGAAAGACAGACUUUUUUUCAUGUACAUCCGCACUCCUUCUGCCGCACACCUAGACAUGUGUUCCCAUUUUUCGGUUAUUUCGCGGAAUUUAGGUAUCACUAACACCCGAAUUAGCCAUUUUGAUCUUUCCUUCACCUCGUCAAGGGUACCACGACCAAAAUUGUAUUCGUCUUUAAUACCCAUUAAAUAACCUAUGGUCCUCCAUAAAUGUACAAAGUCCUCCAUAUCUUGUCUAGAAUAGUCGUGGAUACCGAACCAUUCCGGAUAGACUAUGGCCAAACCAAAAAAUCCAAAUUGCGUGGUUGUAAGGUAGCACUGGUUGAACACGGUUUUUUGUCGUUCCAGGAGGCUAUUUAUUUCGGUGGGUGCGGGGGAAAUACAUUUGAAAUCCUUUUUCAGGUUCGCCAGUGUGGCCGUAUACCAGGGUUUUCCUAAAAUAGUACACCGCGGUUCCAUUUGGCCAUCAAUAAUGGGGUUCUGCAAUAAAUCUUCAUGUACUUUUUGAUGCAUCUGAAAUACCCUGCGCAUAUUUUUAUUGCCCUUUGUUUCCGGAGUCAAUAUGUCGGUUUCCAUCCACGAUUUUAUGAUAUCCGACGUUGCGUAGUAUCGUCUGUACGCUUUGUAAGGAGUGUCCGACAUCCGGGUGUAUAUCAAUGUGUCCAGACCAUUAUGACUUAACGCGAACAAUAUGUAUAAUGAUAAUAUUUUAGAGAACGACACUCCAAAAUAAUGUUCCAAAGCAAACUGUUGUCCUCUUUUUAGUUUUUCCGGAUCAAUCCAAUCGGGUUUAUUUUGCAUUAACGAAUCGAAAUCGCUGGGCAUGUCAUCCACAACACCUUGAAACAUUUGGACCAACCUGUGGACGUCUUGCGGUUCGUGAAAAGCGGUCGCUGAUGAACUAAUGUUUUCGUCUAUUGUUGAAUAUCCGGGUUCAUGAUUAUUAUCGUCACCGUAUGCUUGAUCGUUCAUGUUACAAUAUAUCGAUCAACCUACCU